UGAGUCUGUCUGUCUGUCUUCAUAGGUGUCAGUCAGAAUAUGGCUCCCAACGUGAAGUCAGCAAAGAAAGUAUUCGUUUUCUUAGGAAAAUCAGUAUUUAGUCUUCUGGAGACUAUGAUUUUUACCUUAAUCCCAAAGCCACGGAAGAACGUUGCUGGUGAAAUCGUACUCAUAACAGGUGCUGGGAGUGGACUCGGAAGGCUCUUAGCCCUUAAAUUUGCCCGCCUUGGAGCUGUGCUUGUUCUCUGGGAUAUCAACAAGGAGGGGAAUGAGGAGACGUGCAACAUGGCUCGGGACGCCGGAGCCACUCGAGCCUAUGCCUAUACCUGUGACUGCGGUAGAAAGGAAGAGGUGUAUCGAGUGGCCGAUCAGGUUAAAAAAGAAGUUGGUGACAUUUCCAUUCUAAUCAACAAUGCUGGCAUCGUAACAGGCAAAAGGUUCCUCGACUGCCCGGAUGAGCUUAUCGAAAAGGCUUUUGAUGUGAAUUUCAAAGCACAUUUGUGGACUUAUAAAGCCUUUCUACCUGCUAUGAUCGCUAAUUCGCAUGGACACUUGGUUUGCAUUUCAAGCUCAGCUGGAUUAUUUGGAGUAAAUGGGCUGGCAGAUUACUGUGCAAGUAAAUUUGCAGGCUAUGGAUUUGCUGAAUCUAUUUUUUUCGAACUAUUUGCCCAGAAAAUAAAGGGGAUCAAAACCACUAUUGUGUGCCCAUUUUUUAUAAACACUGGAAUGUUUGAAGGUUGUACUACUGGCUGUCCUUCCCUGUUACCGAUUCUGGAACCAGAAUAUGUAGUCAGAAAGAUAGUAGAUGCUAUCCUGCAAGAAAAAGUGUACUUGUGUAUACCAAAGUUUAUAUACAUACUGAUGUUUUUAAAAAGUAUCCUGCCCAUCAAGUUGAUACUGCUCAUAGGUGAAUAUGUGGGUGCCUUCAAUUUUAUGGAUGGCUUUGUUGGAAAGAAAAAGAACUAAAGACCAACUCUAUGGCUGAUGUCAUCUAAAACCCAACAUUACAUACUGCUUAUUUCCAUGAAGAGAAGGAUUUUUGUCUGAUAGAAUAUAUCUGGAGACGAAAAGUACCAUUCGUGUUCUUCUAUCUGGACUGGAAUAUUCAGCCAAUCCUUUUGAAAAUAAUGUUGCCAUCUGCUUUUUUGUUGAGUGCUUUUAUUUAUUAUUAAUAAAAACAGCUCAUUUUUGUCA